CGAGCCUCGGCGUCUCUCUUGCCGCCUUUUGCUCGCCGGGAUCGCUCCCCUGGCUCGGCGAUGGAGUGGGGCAGCCUGGGCGCUGGCUCCCGCCCAGGCAGCUCCGGGGCGAGGUGACUCUCUUUCGGCAGCCGAGCCCUGCCGUUUAAGGACCAUGAGCCCGUGAAGCUCCUCGGCCUUGUAGCUCGUCAGGCGCAGAAGCGACCGUCGGCGGGACGCGGGUGCUAAGUGAAAGGGCGGCGAGCGGCAGCCAUGGGGGCCAACAGCACCCCCGCCUUCAAUGCCAGCGACGCCUGCCCCACUCCCGAAGAGGAGCCGGACUACAACUUCGCCGCGCUGGUCUUCGGCGUCUUCCUCAUCCUCUUCAUCAUCAGCGGGAAUUUGCUGGUGUGCCUCAGCGUGUGCACCGAGAAAGCGCUGAAGACCACCACCAACUACUUCAUCGUCAGCUUGGCCGUGGCAGACCUGCUCCUGGCCAUCCUCGUGUUACCUCUCUACGUCUUCUCAGAGGUAAAGUCCAUCGCCUUUUCCUCUCGCCUCGCUUUCCUGUUUCCCCCUCGCGAAGGUAAUUUUCCAUGCAACCUUUAUUUGAAGGGGUGGGAGUAGGCACCACCUAUGUUAAUAAAUAUCCCUUAUUUUGAAGCACGACUAUAUAUACUUCAGAAGGUAAGGUGCAACGAGUGGCCAGGACUUUAAAGAGAGUUGUGCAGCAGAAGGGGAUUUCAAGGUAGGUGCAGUUUGCUGCGUCCUAGUGUUGCCCAAGGAGGAGAAAAGCAGGACCUGUCGGAAUUUCUCCUUCGCACAACUCUCCAAAAGGUCCCCAAAUCCUUGUCGACUAUUGCAGAUUUGAAUGCCACAGGGCAGCCUUUGCAGGAAAGCUUGUCGUGCCUUGUGGGCAUGUUUGGGAAUCCUGCAAUGGAAAGCCUGUGAAAUGUUGCUUCAGUGCUUAGAACUUGCACAUAGUUGUCAGGGACUUGCUGUGGGAUUUCAUGGAGUUUGGGGGUGUUGUGCUGUCUAGGUGAGCCUGUGGGGCUAACUGGGAGCAGAGAGCACACAUCUACAUUGCAAUCUUUGUAGCUGCUGUGUGGACAGUGUCUCUUGCAUGAGCCUACAAGAGACAAUGAGGCAGGCAGGGCAUCAGCACAGACUGAGCCAGUACCUUCUGUACUUUCUGUCUAGUGGUUGAGAAAGACCCGUGCAAAUGUGUUCAGACCAGAAACAGAUGCCGCAGUUCUGUGGUGUCCUAAUUUCUUUGAAGUUUUCUGCUAACGAUAUGAUUGUUGGCACUUCAAUAUGUAAUGCUAGGUGGAUAAAGGCAUAUUACACAGCCACAGGUCUGGGCGUUGGUUGAAUAUUGUCAGGACUAUGGUGAUACAGGAGCAAUGGCCUAUUGAUGAUGAUGGGUUGUUUUACUAUGUCAUCUGUGGGUAUAUACCGUGUUUUUCCAUAUAUAAGACUAGGUUUCCCCCCUAAAAAAUAAUGUCCAAAAUUUGGGGGCAUCUUAUACAUGGGGGCUAUCUCCCCCCAUUUUCUUAAAUCAGAGUCCCGAAAAAUAGGGGGUGUCUUAUACAUGCGGGUGUCUUAUAGACAGGGAAAUACGGUAGUUCUUCUUUCUGACAGUAGUGUUUGGGUUUUUUAACAUAUGAGGAGUGGAGGUAUGUAAGUAGGGGAUUUGUCCAAACUCUUCAGUAUGUCUGUUAUAGAAGAGGUAUUUGUGUUUAGAUCUCUUUGGUCCAAGCCCGACAUUUCCUCAAUACUGACUAAUCUUAAAUAGCUAAUUUGCAACAAUUUUACCAUAGAAUCUGAUGCUGAAGUUGCAAGUGUCUUCAUAACCUGGGGAAAUUAGCUAGGAAAUGAAACGAAAUGUGUUUUCUAUCCAAGUUUCAGCACCAUGGGGCAUUAUGGAUUUAUGUAGCAUAAACACUGUUACAUAGAGUCAUGGCUUGAAACUAAACAUAAGGUUACUCCUGAAGAAGUUCAACCAAGGUUCUAGGACAUCUGCUAAGGAAUGCAGCCUAAACUUUUGUGGUUUGGGGUAGUUUGCAAGCAGUGUGUGGACAGUGGUUGCAGCUAGGGCCGGAUCUUAGUGCUGAAGCUCAGGGCUCCUCAGCCAAGGUUGCUCACUGAGGAACACCCAGAGAGUGACAGGUGGGGGUGGCAAUGGCACUAGGAUUUCUACGGGCGUGCUUGAGCCAACCGGGGGUGAUGGUCAUUGUUGCAACAUCUUUCCUAUUUCCUUUCUCUUUUAUUAAACAAAAUAUGUACUUGGGACCAGACAGGCAGACACAUACUUAGUCAUUUUAUUGUUUUUACUUCAAGAAAUUUAUUAUCUCUUUCUACAAAAACGUGCUGCUUAUUUUCAUGCAAACACCUUUACCAUCAGGGCAGCACAAAUGAGCUCCAUUUUGUUCCUGCAGUCACAGCGGGGUUAUGAUUUAAAUGAGUUCAAAAUGUGAAACUAAUCAGGGUUGGCAAACUGUUUUUUGUUUGCUUUUUGUCCUAACGUGUCAGGAAUGUACAAUCAGUUGUACAGCAUGGAAUGGCAGAGGAAGUAAAAUACACAGCCACCUUUUUUGGGGUGGGGGGAGGGUGCCUAUAAGAUCAUUAAGUCAAGGAUCUAAACUUAUCUAGCUUUGCCACUCUGUGCUGAUCUCAUGCAAAACAUUUGGAAAAUCAGAAGUUGAGAUAAAUGAGAGCACUGUUAGUGCUAGUUAAGUGAACCAACUGAUACAUGGGAGAUUUACAGUGUCCAGGUGGAUCUCAGAUAAGCCCAAAUGGCAGAUUUUUGGCAGAUGAAGCAGAAAUUCAAGUGCUUUUUGCAGAUUCGGAAAGCAUAUUGUUCCAGAGCUGAACAUUUGUUUAGCUUUGGUUUCUUUGUCAUUGAAAAUUUGUGUGGCAUCUGAGGAAGACUAGAAAAUAAAACCCAUGGGCAGCUUGAAUUAGGAUGAUUUGCCUUGCUGUUUGCUUACUUGUAAGGGCUUGGAGUUAUUUUGUGGGGCAUUGAUAUGUGUGCAUGCAUGCCUGUCACAGGUCUCUGUUUUACAGCAUAACCAAGAAUUAAUGUUCAAAGUAGGUGUGCCAUUCCCUCUUAGAUCUGUUUCAAAGUCAUUUGGAGUUAAUGGAAGUCUUGUGAGGCAGAGGUGUGAGAAGAGCUAAAUGUGGAGUAGAUUGAAUGUCAGAAAUAUGUAUUAGAAUAUGAAUUAGAAACAGUGAUGCGACACAUACCACACCCUAUUAUUAUCCAUUAUCUUAGCAGGCUGUUAUUAGAUGAAAAAAGCACUUAUGUUUCCAAGGGUACCUCUAAUUUAAAGAAGAAAAGAAGUCUUUUGAGCUAAAACAUUCUUCCCAUUUACAUGCAAGUGAAUGCAGCUUUUGGGUAAUGCUUGCAUGGCUCCUGAUCUCAUAGUCCAUUGAAAUAAACUGGAAAAUAAUAUCCACCAGCUUUUGAUCCUCGUAUAUCUCUGCUUUAAAGCACACAAGUCUGUAUUUAGCUCUUUAUUCUGUUGCAUGUGCAGUUCUUAAAGACUCAUACUGAUUUUUUCUGCAAAUUGUCUAAUAUUGUUCAGUUUCAAAUAAUGAAACAGUGGUUAGAGGAACACUUUACUGAGUCCUUGGUUUUGUUGUAUCUCUGACCCUUUGAGAUACUUUAUCCUUUUUCCAUUUGCAAAAUGUUGAUAACUAUACGGUUUCAGCAAAGUUUGAAGUAGUUUGAACAUCCAUGUUUGAACAUCCAUGAAACCUGUGAUGUGCAACAUCCAAAGUUUGAACAUCCAUGAAACCUGUGAUGUGCAAGGAGGGUAGGAGUUAUUUUGACUGAUUAUAUACAGAAUGCAAAACCUGUGUCAACUAGCCAUUAUAGGACUCAACAAAUUGCUGAGAAAGAUCUUCUAGCAUGUGAAUCCUGAAACAUUGAUAUUCAAAAGUUACCAGGAGGGCAUGGCUUACGUAAAAGAGAGAUGCUCAAAAGAAUUUCCCAAACAUCCCAGGGCAAAUACAUAUGCAGCAGUCAGUGGUGCUCAAAAUCUAUGAAAACAGGUAGAGCACAGGGUUAGAAGACCCACGCAUGUAUGCAUCACAUAAAAUCCAGAGCAAGAGGCGGACAGGAUUUCCGAAUGUUUUAUGAGAUUAGUAUGACUUAGAAGUAGAGAGUCGGCAGCAGAACAGGGCCUGGAAAAGAUGAGAAUGUUUGGAUGAUUUGGGAACUGUGGCACUGCAGGGAAGUGUUAGAGCAAACAUGCACGACUCAUAACCUAUAAGGCUGAAUGUAGCCAACUACCCAUCUAUUGUCGCAUCCAAGGCACUUGACAGGCUUCCUGUUUUAACAUUUCUGGGCAGGUAGCUCCUUCCCCCCCCAAAAGGGUUAAAUUUGCUGCUGGUAGUUGCAUUCAGCUUGGUGAGUCAAAGGCUACACAGGCCUGUACUAGGAGAUAUACAACGUCAUAGCAAAUACAACACAUGGUAAAGGAAGAGGAGCUGUGGUGGCUUUUCUUCUUUUGCCUUCAGAGCGUAGCUGUUUUCUGCUGAAUUGGCAGGUGUUCAUAUUCCAACAAGGGCAUGAGACCCUAGCGAAGACAUGUAUAGUAUAGUACAUACAUUUCCAAAAUUUGUGUGUGUGUGAUGUGAAGCUGUUUAGAAAGCUAGAGAUAUCUCCCUGUCCUACUGAAGCAUGAGGAUUGCCCACCUCAUUCAGGGUAGCCCAAUAUUGAUGUAACGACCCAUGUGUUCCUUGGAAAAUGGUGUUUCUUGUGCCCAUUAAGGACACAACAUGUCUGUACAAUGAAGGUUCUCCACAAGCUGCAGCACAGUGAACAGAAAUGUGCCUCCCUGUGAUAGGCAGAACCCGCCUUGCCCAACUGAUAGGGAAAGGCAAAAUAGCCAAGGAAAAAAAGGGAUGCAUGCGUUGCAAAUAAACUUUGGUAUGCAGUGACAACACACAUAGGUUUUUGGCCAUGUUCCUCAAUCUCUUUGCUGCCUUAAUCUGACAGAUGUAGUUUAAUUGCUCCAAGAAAAAUUAUGAGCUGCAUUUUUUGGGCAUUUAUGACCCUAUUUAAGGGGGGCGGUUCUUACCUUUGCUUUGUCCUUUAGACAUAUGCCACUGUGACUUCUUCAGUCAAGUGAUGCUUGAAAGUAGUCAUCCUUCCCCUUCUUUGGGCUUUUCACCACGUAGCAAUAAUAUUUUAAAUAUUUCUAGCAAUUGUAUCAUAGCUUUUAAUGAUUAUUUUAAGGUGAAUAAUUUGUUGGUGACAGCUUUAGCUCACUGAAAAUCCAACGAAGAUUGGUGAUCAGAUUCUGGUUUUGCUCUUGUUUAAAAAUGAGCCUAAUUAGUUUAUUAUGAUGGUGCCAAUCAUCCCAUGGUAGAAAUAAAUUUGGUGCCUCAGAUGGAAAAUACAAGAGAUGUCUUAUGGAAGGAAAAAGUACAAUAGUUUCAACAAAUGAUCAUGUAUAGAUGGGGAGGGGAAGGGAUGUCAAUUCGGUGCUGUUAAUGCAGUGCUUUGACUUCACCCCCCAGAGGCAUGCUCCAUUGUCUCUUGACGGAUGCCAACCAACCAUAGCUGGGGGUUAGAGGCUGUGGCCUCCAGAUGUUGUUGGAUUACAAAUCAGUCUCCAUCAUCCCUGACUGUAGGUCAUGUUGGCUGGGGCUGAUGGGAGCUGGAGCCCAACAACAUCUGGAAGGCCAAAGGUUAGACACCCCCUUUGUAGGGGGAAGAGGGGACUGCAAACAUUGGUUGUGCUAGCUGCCUUCCCCUUGCACAACUAUUGGGUGCAACAGCUUCCUCACUUGUACAAUAUUUAAAGUUGAACAGUUAGAUAUAAUGAUACAUAUUUUGACCACGUCAGGGUGAUAUUAGCCUUUUUUAACCCUCCCUUUCUCAGUUGCUCCCAAAGUGUACCAGAUUCUGCUUUGUGGACUGCAAAAAAGCCAGAGUAAUUCCCACAGUCCUCAGCAAUUGGAUCAUGCUGCGCUGAUAGCAUAUCAGAAGAAUAAGCUUUAACACAGUAGUUUGGUUUUUUUUAAAUCUAGCAAUGGGAACAUAAAAAUGGAAGCAUCCCAUAUUUGGAAGUAGAAGCAGUUGUUAAAUGCUUAUAGUUUGAGCAUAAUGAGAGCAUUUCACCAGAGGCUUAUCAUUCAGCGAAGGAGUGAACAAACAGGAGAUGGAGAUCUCUAGUUGUAAGAUGCAUAAAUCAUUAGAUUGAUUUGAACAUCUGGGUAUAAUGUCAAGAUCUUGAAUUAUUUUUAUGUGCCUUCUGGAGCUAGUGCUGAUGUAACACUGUGCAGUCGCUUUACCACAUUCAAGUCUGGGAAAGGUCUUCAGAGUAACAUGCUUUUUAGCUUCCCCCCUCCCCACCCCAAUCCCUUCACAGCUCAUCACUAGCAGGAAUUCUCUUUCCCUUGCCCCACUGGUCAUAACUAGAGUUAAGGAUCUCAUUGGCACCAGAUUUUAUCAUGGCUAGCAAUAACUCGGUUUCCUUGCAAUCAAUAUUUACUGACUAGCUUUAAAUCCUGGUAAAAGGUUACUCUGGUUAGUGCUAACCACAGUUAGUUCUGGUGCUUUAAAGUCCAUGGGAAGUAGAAAUUUGUGCAAGACAGUCUAACCGUCCCUACAACAAGGGGUAGUGAUCCCAUAGUCAACUCCAUGGUUACUGGUGUUAGUCUACACCAGACCCUAGCUUCUGAACUCUUUAAGGGAUUUCUCCUUCCUCUCACCUGUGAGAUCUAAAAUUAUAGACCUCACACAGCAACAUCACCUUUGUUUUGAUGUAUGUGUUUCUUUAUAUAUCAUGCCAGGAGCAGCGACUUUAUAAGAAUUACACAGUGCCUCUGGGGUUGCAAUCAGACCAGAAGGGUUGUCAGCUCUGCCGAUAUCCCUGUAGUCUCUUUUAUUUCCUCCUGUCAAGAGCACACAAAUUCUGCUAUAAACCAUUUGGAGUAGUUAGAGCACUGUAGGGUGAUUUUCUCUCUCCAUUAAGAUCCUAGUAGCCCUUUCUAUCAUCUCCAGUGUGAAUUCUAUUAGUUUUGGAUGAAAGGUGAUGCCAGCAGGCAGUCAAUUCAAUAUUAUAGCUUUUGCUGGGUUGUUGCUGCCUAUUCAGUCAAGCCAGGGUUAACCACUUAGCUACUUAUUUUAAUACAGUUCAUUAGGAAAGAAGAGUGAAUCACCAGUGGUUGGCUAAGCGAUUCCCCUCUUGUUUUGGGUUUGAUGGUUUUUGGUGCGUUUUGCUUGCUGGGAGGGGACACAAUAACACUCUUUAACAAGUGAAGGUUGAUUUGUCAUUCAACAAGGAAAGCUUCAUCAGCCUAACGGUGGGCUUUCUUGUUCCCAGUUCUACAGAAAACAGUAUCAUGUUUAGCUUUAUUACUUUUCUUCUUUUUAAUUUACUCAGCAUGCACUAUAUUUGUUAUAUUGGGCUGUAUAUAAUAAGGCAGUCACAUUCUGUUGAAUAGAAAUCCUUACCAAUUGUGAAGUGCAUCUCCUUUGACUUCAUAGGUGUCUUUAUCUUACGGAAUCCAGCAAUGACACACACAGAGACCAAGAGGUCAUUGAUGCCAACUGAGGAAACACUGGGCCUGAACACCACCAUUUCUCUCAAGUUUCUGAGUCUAGACCCCCACAGUUCAUAGCUGCCCCCAUCCUAGCUUAGCUUCAUCAAGGAACUGAUAAACUUGUGUCCAAGAGCUAGUGUGUUAACAUAGGCAACAUCCCUGGUAGAGAUGACAGAAUGUUGGACUUUGGAGUAGAUGCCCCACUAAGGUUUUGUGUACUCCACAGCAAGAGGUCAGAGUUGGAGAAGUAUACAGUAGUCUGGCUCAACAAUUGUUUUGCUUAUUUGUGUUAGGUUGUCAAGUUAGAUUUUUUUCAUUGCGCUUUAAUAUUGUGUUCAGAAGCUGUUUUAUGGCUAUUUUAUUUCUGUGCAUGUUUACAUAAUGAGUACAAUUUGCAGUGUGUGUGUGUUUGUGUUUGAAUGGUCCUGACUUUUUCCAUGUUGUCUUAGUGCUCAAUAAUCAUUUCUGUUUUUGAUGUUCUCUGUGGAACACGUAAUCUGCUCCUUGUCCUCUGUCCAGGGUCCUGAAACAGUUCUCACUUGCUUCCCUUGCUGAAGUGCACCCUCCUGGCUCACCUGUAGAUUUGGGGAGAGGAUGGCUCUGUGGUUUAGACCAUGGCGCCUCUUGGGCUUGCCAAUCAGAAGGUCAGCAGUUUGAAUCCGCGCGACGGGGUAAGCUUCUGUUGGUCUAUCCCAACUUCUGCCAACCUAGCAGUUCAAAAGCAUACCAGUGCAAGUAGAUAAAUAGGUAUCACUGUGGUGGGAAGGUAAGCUGUCUGUGGACAAACGCUGGCUCCCUCGGCCUGAAGCAAGAUGAGCGCCGCACCUAAUAGUCACCUUUGACGGGACUUAACCAUCCGGGGGUCCUUUACCUGCUUUACAUAUCUGCUUUAUCAUGUUAGGACAAUAGGAUGUACACAAAAUAAUAUCAGGUGUGUUUGCAUAAGGGCAAUCAAAAUUCGAUACAGGGUAUUGUCCUUUUUAAAAUUAACUUCCAGGUUUUGGGUUGUGGCCCUCCCCCAAUGCUUAUACUGUACAGGAAAAAAAUAGUUUUGAGGAGUGCAGUUUGCAAUCCUCUGUAUGCAAACUUUCUCUUACAAAGGGAGCACGGUUGCAUCAAAGUUGAUAAAUGAGGAAUUUAUCAGUCUCUUAUGUUCUGGUGCCCUUCAUAGUCAGGGGUGAGGAAGCUCUGGCCCUUCAGAUGCUGUUGAACUACAACUGCCAUCAGCCACAGCCAGCAUAGACAGAUGUCAGGAAUUAUGGGAGCUGUAGCCUAGCAAGCUCUGGAGGGCCACAGGUUCCCCAUGCAUGCCCUCAAUUAUUUCCCAGUAUCUCAACAGGUUUGCAGCUUAUCAGAUUUGCUAUAGACUAAUCCUCCUCUUUCCAUCAGUUAACUGUGCCAGACUUGAGUGCCUUGAGGGAUGUGAAGCUUUUCAAGUGCCUACAACAAGCCUUUUUUGCCACUGACAUUGCUCUAAAACUGAACAAGCUUUGUGACAUCAUACCACUGGUAGGUGUCCUAGUAUGAAGCACUGGAAGCCAAAAGUAUACAUUAUACCCAAUGUGACAUUUUUAAAUACCUGCAAACUUCAUUCCCAAAGAGAAGUACAACUGUACCCUUCUAGAAUGUAUGUCUAAAACACAUUCCAGGUGUGAAUGUAAUGCAUAUCUGAGUACUUGCUGCUAGUGUCUCCAUGGCAUCUUAAAAGAAGGGUGGCAAAAUGCCCUGGGGACUCAUAAAUUGAUUAUGCUCAAAAGGUUUUUAGUAUCUCUCUGCCAGCUUCUGAAUGGAGGGCAGAAUCAGCAUCUCCAAGACAUCAUAAGCCACACCUCUUCUACAAAAAUGUAUGGGACCCUCAGAGCUGAGAGCUGGUUUAAACAAAAAGGUUCAACUUGUACCUUCCAGUGAAUCUAUUUAUCUGCUGUCCUGCUCUUCUGGACUGGCUUCAAAAGUCUGUUGAAUGCUUGAAAUAUCUACAGGCAAUCUGUUGAUCUGCCUUGAGAAGUUCUCACUAAUACUCCCCCCAUGUGCAAAUCUUCCUCCAAACCUUUAUAAAGGGUCAACUGAGGGUUCUUAACUGAGAGGUGACAGUAAGCCUUGCCAGCUGCUGACUCAGUGACUUCAGUACGGCUUGUUUCAAACAAAUCAUAAUGAACAUUGGCCAUAGUUUGUCAAUUCAGAUAACAUGACAAUCUGAUAUGCAAAAGCUGCACCAGUGCAGAGAAGGAGGAGGGUGUGAGUCCAAGGCUCACCUGGGCUUACCUAGGUAAAAGUUUCUGAGUCCCAAUUGUUUAUCAAUGACAGUGAAUGAGAAAAGUUCUUCCAGCAAAAAUUAGGCCAUUGAAUUGAAGAAAACUUGGGGAGGAAAUGAGGAGUUUUGUGAGUGACAAAAACUGUGAGCUCAGUUCUGGUACUGAAAACAAAUCCUUGGGCUGAGCAUGUGCUCUAAGGUGUCUUGUUCCUUAAUUCUAAGUGUAUGCCUGGCUCCACAGUUGUUGUUUUUCACUUUUAGUUAAGUAUGAUGUAUAAAUGCAGCCAUGUUAUAGCAUUCUGCAAGUCUUUAUCUGCAAGAAAACUCACUUGAUCAGCCCAUUUCCUAACCCAUAAGUGACCAUGCUUUGAAGUAGAUCUGCUAACUGCAUUCGCAUCAAAUUUUAUUGCAUAAACAUCUGUUUAAAAAGUUCCUGAAUGAAGAGAAAAGGAAAUGUUUCUAACAGAUUGCUUCAUUCAGCAUGGUUGAAGAUAGGCCUUCAAAAAUGACCUUUUUCCAAGUUACUUUUGAAUAUCUGUCAUGACUGCUAUCUACUAAAAACAGAUACCUGGGACAAUUUGUUUCUAAACCAAUAGCUGCAUAUUCCUCUAUCUCAUUGCAGGCUCUAAACAAAGCUCUCAUCAACUAUUCUUAUUACUUUUUAUAAGAGGGAACCUUUUAAGGGCACAUAGUGCUCAUUCAUCAUGUUGGACAAGAUUUAUCUCUGGAAAACCUAAAUAAAGAAUUGGCAUGGUUCUCCUUUAGCCAGCCCAUUCACUUUCUCACCUAGUAGCAUGUAUGGGUUUUUCUAUGUACAGAAUUUUAAAAAAUGAACUUAUUUCCUGGAAAUUAGGUACUUUUGGUGAUUUGUUCCAUUACUGUUCAUAUAAAUAACAAAGUUAUAUAUAUAAAGACAAAGUUACAGGAACCCAAGUGAAAAUUAAUGAUAUCAUUAAUAAUAAUUGUAACAAUAUGAACAGCUAUACAUGUGGACAUGUGUAGAUAUUUGUAUAUGGACUACAAAAUUGCAAAUACAAAUUUUCUACCACUUCCUUUAGUGUUUCCUUCAGCAACAACAGCAUACUGGUAUAACUUACUCCUUGCCUGGGACUCUAAAUUUCUUCACUUUUGGAUUACAGUCUUUUGAGCCACAGCUUUCAGAUUGAACUCAAAUGAUUAAAAGUUCAUAGAAGAUUCAAAGAAGAUUAAUAGGAAUAACACAUUCCUGAAAGAAAGAGGCAUUGAAAGGGAUUUAUGGCCACCGUCUACAAAUGAUUCUCCAUUCUGCUUCUGAAGAAGUAUGAAAUGAGUUAACCAUCCUAGUGUUCUCAUCAGUUUAUCAUCUGUAUUGUUUGCAGAACGUCUUUGGUAAAUAGUUGUCAUGGCUUUGAGAAUAGUCAUGUUUUCUUACUUUUUGGUGCAACCAUUUUUCUGAAGAUAUGUGAUGCACUUUCUGAAAUUUCAAAGAGCCACAUUUUUCAAAGCUUCUGCUUGCUUUCCUUGUGUCUCUCCCUCUCAGCACACAUCUGAGAAUCCAUCAGUGCCAUCUUUAUUCAUCUGCUUUCCUCAAACUUCCCUGAGUGGGGAGGAUGCGCAGGGCAGCCUUUUCAGGUUUAAGAUACUAUAUACACACUUGGUCUGGUGACAGAAGGGAGAAGGACUUGUGCCAGUUGAGAUCAAAAAGAGGUGGUAUAUACUAAUCAAGCAUCUGAAAUUAACAAGAUUCAGUCACUAGACAUCAAAAUUUAUAGGUGCAUGCAGUUGUUGCAGGCUAGUGUUUUAUUUGCAAGACAACAGCUAUAAGUUAGUUGCUCUCUUUAGUAAAGGUAAAGGGACCCCUGACCUUUAGGUCCAGUCGUGACCGACUGGGGUUGUGGCGCUCAUCUCGCUUUAUUGGCCGAGGGAGCCAGCGUACAGCUUCUGGGUUAUGUGGCCAGCAUGACUAAGCCGCUUCUGGCAAACCAGAGCAGCGCACGGAAACACUGUUUACCUUCCCGCUGGAGCAGUACCUAUUUAUCUACUUGCACUAUGUGUUUUCGAACUGCUAGGUUGGCAGGAGCAGGGACCGAGCAACGGGAGCUCACCCUGUCGCGGGGAUUCGAACUGCCUACCUUCUGAUCGGCAAGUCCUAGGCUCUGUGGUUUAACCCACAGCACCACCCAUGUCCCUCUGCUCUCUUUAGUGGCAUGGCCUAAUUUUUAUUACGACCUGAAAUAUCAGUCUUAAUGAAUUCUUUCACAGAUUCUUCAUGUUCUCGCUGUCUGUGCAGAUUAACCUGCUCCUUUUUUCCCCCCUAGGGUGGGAAGCAAGGUUUAGGAAAAUAAGGUUUCUUUAAGUGUUUGUUGUCUGAGGAGAAAACUUUGCUGCUUUAGGAUCACUGCAGCAUGUGGGGAAUUGGGAAAUACAAUAUGGGGCACGUAUCUCUUGGAUAUAUAGUUCACUGUGUAAUCCCAAGGUGGGCACAUGACAGCAAGAGGGUCAGCUUUAGGCAUUGCCCAGAGGAGCAUGUGCUUUGGAUGUUGGGAGGUAGAUAGGUGUUUGGGGUCCUGAGAAACUAAUUGGAGCUCCCUUACCUCUCUGCUAGAGGGAAAACACAAAACCCUGAAGCUUCCCGUGACCAGGGCUGACCAAAGACAUUUUGGUACUUGUGGCAAACUGCAAAAUGGUGCCCCCCUCCCCAUCAGGGAAGAAGGGGUGAGUGAAGAUCUAUAUCAGGAACAAGUGGGGAAUAAAGGUAUUCAUUGGGAUCUGCUGCCCCUGUGGAUCCUGUCACCCAAGGCAGUCAGCUUCCCUCACCUCAUGGAUGGGCCAGCCUUCCCUAUGGCUGGUUUGGGUGAGUCUGGAAGAUGCAGUAGAACCAGAGAGGACUGGCUACUUUUGGGCAAGGUGGCAAAGAUGAAAUCUUCCAGCCAGCAAUAGUGACAUCCACAAACUGCAUCAGGAGAACUAUGAUUUGCAUUUGCAUGAUGUGGUAUCAGAGAUAUCAUAUUCUAGGAUUUGGGCUUGAAUGGAAGAAAACACCAGCGUGGUAGAUCUUCUUACCAAGAGGAAGCAAACACAUUUAACUCAGCAAUGGUUCUCCAUGGAUUCAGAAAGAAGUUUUCCCCCCAGUCUUACCUGGAGAUGCUGACAACUGAACCUGCGACCUUUCUACAUGAAGAACAUUUGCUGUACUGUUGAGCUAUGGCCCUUUCCUGAAGGUUUGUUGUAUAAGAGUCUCACUGAGUGUCUUUCCCCAGAGAAAUAUUUGCUAUAGCCUUCUAAUCUUAGCCUCUGUACCAUUGGUGCUUGUCAUGGAAACACUGAAAACUCUGGCUGGACAAAAUAGAAGAUAAAGAAGAGCUUCUGGUGGAUCUCUUGCUCUGGAGCACUAUUUAAAGGAGGCCUGGCACAUUUAAGAUCUCUAAAGCUUUUACACUGUGUACCUUGGCAAGCUAAUCUCCAGCAACUCAGUAUAAUCAGGUAACAAUUAACCUUGUGACCAGGCUGAAGCAGGUUUGGCCUCUGUUAAUCCAGUUAGUCAAGCAUCGAAGAGACGGCUGUGGCUUUGGUUAACAUGUAAUACAUUUAGUGCAAUAAGCAUAAAACAGUUUCUUGCCUGAAAGCCACAAGGAAAACAUGGAAAAUGGGGAUAUGUGAUAUUUGGUAGAAGGGAUCUAACUUUGCUUUAGGUGUUUGUUUGUUUCUUUUGGGGGGGUGUUGAUGAUGAUGAUGAUGAUGAUGAAAAGCUAGUUGGAAAGAAUUAGUGUCCAAAAUCUCAGACCAAGAUUUUCAAAACUAACUGCUGUGUUCUGUAUAUCUGUCUCAGGCCUUUUAAAUGUUCAGCCUUUUUCUUUUCAGAAUAUACUUAGCACCAUUUUCUGAACGAAUGCAAUCUGGAGCAAUGUUGUCCAGUUUAAUUUGCAUUUAGGACCUGUUGAUAUCAAUGUGAACUUGGGUCAGUAUUUGUGACUUGUAAUAAUUGAACCCAUUAUAGGGAUGUAUAUCUUGCGACUGAAAGAGGAAUUUAGUGUGCUGACACUGGGAAUAAACUUCUGCCUUUGUUGGAUCUUUGUUCAAACACCACAGAUUGAUAAAUGUGUACAUUUGGUUUGCAGUGUGGCUGUUUCUGGUUCCUGGAUACAAACAGUGCCAAAAUUAGAAAUAUACAAACCACCACCUUUCCUGUGCUUUCUGCAUAAUUACAACAGAGGUUUCUGAAGGCUGUUGUUAAUUUUUCAGUUUGAUCAUAGAAUCAUAGAAUUGUAGAAUUGGAAGGGACCCCAAGGGUCAUCUCAUCCAAUCCCCUGCAAUGCAGGAAUCUUAACUAAAGCAUCCACUACAUAUGGCUAUCCAACCUCUGCUUAAAAACCUCCAAGGAAGAAGAGUUCAACACCUUUCAAGAAAGUUCUUCCUGAUGUUUAGUCAGAAUUUCUUUUCUUGUAACUUUAAGCCAUUGGCUUGCGGACUAGCCUCCGGAGCAGGAAUAAACAAUCUUGCUCCAUCUUCCAUGUGACAGUCCUUUAGACAUUUGAAGAUGGCUGUCAUAUUUCCUCUCCUCUUAUCCAGGUCAGACAUACCCAACUCCCUCAACCAUUCCUCAUAAGGCUUGGUUUCCAGACCCUUGAUCAUCUUGUUCACCCUCCUCUGCACACAUUCCAGCCUUGUCAAUAUCCUUCUUCAAUUGUAGUGCCCAGAACUGGACACAGUACUCCAGGUGUGGUCUGACCAAGGCAGAAUAGAGUGGUACUUUGAUUUCCCUUGAUCAGGACACUAUACUUCUGUUGAUGCGGCCUCAAAUAGCAUUAGCUUUUUUUGCUGCUGUAUCACACUGUUGAUUCAUGUUAAGCUUGUGGUCCACCAAGACCCCUGGUACUACUGGCAAACCAGGUGUCCUCGUCUUAUAUUUGUGCAGCUGGUUCUUCCUGCCAAUUGUAGAACCUUAAUAUUUGUCCCUACUGAAAGUCGUUUUGUUAGCUUGGGCCCAGUUCUGCAAUCUGUUAAAGUCUUAUUGAUUCCUGAUUCUGUCUUCUGCAGCAUUGGCUACCCCUCCCAGGUUGGCAUCAUCUGCAAAUUUGAUUAGCACCCCAUCAAUUCCUUCAUUCAAGUAAUUUAUAUAGAAGUUGAACAACAACAGGCCCAGGACAGAACCCUGUGGCACCCCACUUGUCACGUUUUUUCCAGGUUGAUGAGGAAUCAUUAGUGAGCAUUCUCAGGGUUUGGUCAGUCAAGCAGCUACAAAUCCACCUCACAGUUACCUCAUCCAGUCCACAUUUUACCACAUUUUGCACUGCGGGCAAAAAUCAACAACCCUGUAUAUGUACCGAAGCAUAGAUUUGGAACUGGAAUUUAUACCUGAAAACUAAGCUGUUCUCUAUUGAUCAUGAAAACUAAUAAAAUUAGGAGAUCCUAUCUCCUUAUUUGCUUAUUAAGAAGUAUUUUGGGAUUUAUACUGACUGUAGUGUAUAGAAAUUAAUGUUUAUCAGAUUUUUAGAUGAUCAUUGCAGACACAAUAUUUUGAUAGGAAACUGAACUCUUAUCCUUAAGCUCUGAUUAAAAAUCUCCAAGCCUGCACUCACUAUUAUCCUAUUAUCACCGUAAUUAUGGAUUCUGACUUGAAUAGUUAGUUUUAUCAACCCAUAGAUAUUAAUCAUACAGUUGCCAUGGACUCAUAUUCUGAACAGGGAAGACUAAAAAAGGCAAUGAACCAAUUCAGCACCGAACCAAUUCCUAUGUUUUCUGUCUUAGGUAAGGGGCAAAUGCUGUUAAUUAUCUUCCUGAGUGAUGACAUUACACAAUGAACAGUUCCUCUAAAGAGGACUACUGGAGCGCUGUGAGUGUGUAAGUUAAUUGUAACUUAAAAUCAAUUAUCGGGAGAGAAUUUAAUCCAGUACCCUGAGAAUGAGGCAGUGAGAUCUGUGUAUGCAAUCCUAAAUAUGAAUACGAUUAAGGUCUAAAGUCACCCUGGAAUAGUGCAGCAUCAAGGAAAUGUGCAGAAGAACAGCUUGAGUUAAUUAUCAUAAAUGAAUUGCUACCAGGCCAUUCAUUUGGGGCUACUUUUUAGUACUUCUUGCAGGAAUGGAUUAGUAAUAUGCCAAAAUGUGCCAUUAAAAUCGGUUCAGCAGCUCACACAAAAUGCUUGUCAGGUCCUCAAUUAUUGUUUCAUUAUUUCCUUCAGCUUUCCAGAUAAAAUUUAUGAAAGCUUGCCCCCACCCACCUGCUAGUUCAGUGAGUGCAUACUUUACUUUGAGAAUCCAGGAAAUGUGAUGUGCCAGUCUCAGUGGUGCAAGGAAAAGAAAGCACACACUCAGGAGCACACGGCCAUCCUCUCUUAUUGGAAGCAGCAAGGAAUUUCUAGACCAGUAGGCUAGAAAAUGGGAUAGUAAAGCUAGGAGCCAAAUGGCUUCUGGGACCUGGGUUGUGGGCACCCAAACAGAAUGCCUAGUUGCCACUGGGGGAUGUUUGUGUGGCAAAACUUUCUAUUUAUUAUUUUGAUAAGCAUGAACUAAUACGCAAUUCGCGUAAGUGACACAUUGUUGAUAUCACAUUUUUAGCAGAAAUUGUUAAUGUUUAAUUUGGUGCUUGCAAAUUGGUACCGUACUUCAGUUUUCAAAACACUCUACUCUUUAUUGUUAAACUCAUUAACAUAUUGUCUAUCCCUAACAUAUACUUUGAGGCUUCAAAGCACAUUUGUUGUUGUUGUUUAGUCGUUUAGUCAUGUCCGACUCUUCGUGACCCCAUGGACCAGAGCACACCAGGCACUCCUGUCUCCCACUGCCUCCCGCAGUUUGGUCAAACUCAUGUUCGUAGCUUCGAGAACACUGUCCAACCAUCUCGUCCUCUGUCGUCCCCUUCUCCUUGUACCCUCAAUCUUUCCCAACAUCAGGAUCUUUUCCAGGGAGUCUUCUCUUCUCAUGAGGUAACCAAAGUAUUGGAGCCUCAGCUUCACAAUCUGUCCUUCCAGUGAGCACUCAGGGCUGAUUUCCUUAGGAAUGGAUAGGUUUGAUCUUCUUGCAGUCCAUGGGGCUCUCAAGAGUCUCCUCCAGCACCAGAAUUCAAAAGCAUCAAUUCCUUGAGUGUCAGCCAGGCACAAAAAAUGGCACCCAGACUUUAUGAGGUGCUCGCAGAUGGAGAACCUUUAGGUGCAAAAUGUGCCUGGUGCCCUGCUAAUUUCAAACCCUGCUUUUGACUCUCCACAAGUAGGAAUUUAGGGUUUGGUUGCAGGUCUUUCCAACCCCUCUCCUCUGCUGAUUGGAAAACACCCUGAGGUGCUCCUGCAGCCCCCGCUGUCCUGCGCAGCUCUGGAAAAGGCAUUUCCCUUCUUCUCCAGCAUGCUCAGCAACAUAUACCAAAUCGUAUAUGCACACUAGUCUUCUAGCAUUACACAGCAAGAAGCAUGAGACACCGUAGAGCUAAUCUAUGUAUUUAUUUACACACUAUGUACAGAAAAAGAAUUAUGGCGUCCUCUCUCAUCAGCUCCGGGAGAGAACAGAACAGAAGUAAAAGCAAAAGUACAGUCCAACAGUACCCACAACGGAAGAGAGAUAAGGCUGUCUUCCAUUCCCAUGGUCUUCCCAGACAGGCAUGUGAAUUACACCAAUCACAUCUGCAGCAUCAGAUGCAUGAAAUACUAACAUCCAUCUCUGUGGGUGGAGGAGGUGUUAGUGCAGGGAAAGGCUGUGGUUCAGUGUCAGCUUGGAUAGUUCAAUUGGUUAGAGCUUGGUGCUGAUAAUGCUAAGGUUGCAGGUUCAAUCCCCCUAUGGGACAGCUGCAUAGUCCUGCAUUGCAGGGGGUUGGACUAGAUGAUCCUCAGGGUCCCUUCCAACUCUACGAUUCUAUGCUUUGUAUCCAAAAGGUCCCAGGUUCAAUCUCUUGUAUCUCCAGGUAAGACUGGGAAUGUUCCCUGUUUGAAACCCUGGAGAGCUGUUACCAGUCCAUGAGCUGCAUGCUCUCGUGUUCUUAAUAGUACUAAGACAAGAGAAGCACUUUCAUAGAGUCCUGUAAUGUGGAAUGGAAUCCAGUAGCAAGAGCAGCACUUGCAGUGACUGUGGUUGGAACCCAUUUCUUCCUCCUCAGAUCCAUCUUUCCAUCCUUUCUCGGCUGGAUAGGGGGUUAUUUGGGAUUAUUGUGGAUUAGGAUGGAUGUGCAAUGGCUUCAGUACUCCAGUACACAGCUCAACAUUUAUUUAUUAAAAAUGCACUUGAAACAAAUGAAAGCAGUGUAUAAUAAGUGAAGAUGAUAAUAAAUGUCUGUAGAAUUGACUGCUAAACAUUAAUGAGCAGCAGGACUCUGAUGACUCUCUAAUUGCCAGCAUUAGGUAGGGACAAAACACUAUUGAGGCAUCUGUACCAUCCUUAUCACAUUUAAAAAUGGAAAGUGUAAUGCUGGUCAACAAAAGAGGUUUAAAGACUGUUUCAAGGCAAAUCUUUAAAAAUGUAGUAUAAACACUGACAACUGGGAAAGACUGGCCUGCGAGCGCUCCAGUUGGAGAACAGCCUCUACCAAAGGUGUCAUGGACUUUGAAGACACUUGAACUCAGAACACAAGGGAGAAACGUGCUGAGAGGAAGGCACGCUUGGCAAAUCCACACCGUGAUCAACUCCUGCGUGGAAACCAAUGUCCCCACUGUGGAAGGACGUGUGGAUCCAGAAUUGGCCUCCACAGUCACUUAAGGACUCAUUGUUAAAACCGUGUUUAUGGAAGAUGAUCUUACUCGGCUACGAGCGAUCACCAAAGAGAUCACAGUUGUGUAAAUUUGAAAAUGCCCAAACAUAAUACAAACCCUCUGCUCUUUUUUAUUAACAGUCUGUUGGAAUUUUCAUUAUACAAAUAGCUUCAGAUAGAUUAGCAAACCCCAUUACAACAGCAUUUGUUGUUAUUCCUUUCUAUGUAACUUCGCCAUUAGUCAGUCCCUUGUCUUAACCCAGCAUUUUCCUUCCAAAAAUUAGAAACAACAGAGAGAUAUGAAGUGUGUGUAAUGAACCAUAUCUGGCUGGCUAGAGGCUAAAGGUUGCCUAAAAGGAAAAGAACAACCUUAAUUUCCUUUCCCUCACAACCCCCCGCCGUGAUUUCCCAGUAUCUGAGCAAGUUUGCAGUUUAUUAGAUUCGCUAUAGACUAUUCCUCCCCUUCCUAUUAAUAAGGUCUCAUCCACACUCUGCUUAUCCCAUGCCUAGAAAGCAUAGGUCCUAGAGAUUUUCCACUUGUCAUGUGCCUUCUAGGCACACAAGUCUGAGAGAUUUUCUCUUUUUCCCAUCACUUUCCCCAGGAAAACCUACACUUUAGUAUAGAAUUGGAGCAAAUGCCAAUCCAUGGAAAACCUGGUUGACAUUUGCUCCUAUUCAGUGGUAAGGAGCGAAUUUCCCCAAAAGGAAGUAGUGGGGCAGGUGGAAGUGUGGAGUGGACGAGCCCUGAGUCAAAUAACUGUGCCAGACUUGAGAGCAUGAGGGAUGUGAAGCAUUCCAAGGGCUUAUGACAAGCCUCUUUGCCACUAACAUUGCUUUAAAAAUGAACAAGCAAUAUCAAAAGCAACACGAUGGCCAGAAACAAUAACAAUGUGAAAAACUUUAUGGAAUAAUUCAAAACAUCAAAACUAACAAACUGAAGUCUCUGAAAGUCUCUGAAAGUCCUUAAAUAAAUCACGGUGCCAGACUUUACCCGGCGGAGAGCAAGCUGUGAAGCUUUGUAUAAUCAGCAAAUGUCCAAUUCUGAUGUCCAGCUCUGAACUCUGCUGAACAGUGUUUCCGGAUAACAACUACCGUUUCAUUGAAUUCUUCAUCAGCCAAUUAGCUCCACACUCGUAAGUAGAAAGAUAGGUAAUUUCUUCAUUAACCAAUCUUUUUUCGAAUAGAUAUAAUGAAAAAUACUCUGGAACAGUGCUCAUGCGAUUACUGAUUAUUGCUGACUCAUAUUUUGCAACACAGGGGUUUGUUUGUUUACUUAAAAAUGAAGAAGCCUCGUGACACCAUGCCACUGGCAGGUGUCCUAGAAUGAAGCAUCUGAAGCUAAAAUUAUACGUUGUACCCCUUUUAAAUACCUGGAAGCUUCCUCUAUCUAUAUCUUCCAGGGCAUAUAUCUAAGGCACACUCCUGGUGUGACUGUAAUGCAGAGCUGAGUACAUGCUGCCAGUGUAUCGGUGCACUGCUGUGGCGUCUUGAAGCAGGGUGGUAAAGUGCCAUGAGGACUCGUAAGCUGAUCGUGCUCGAAAAGUUCCUACUAGCUCUCUGCCACCUUCUGAAUGGAUCACUGACUCAGCAUCUCCAAGGCGCUCUUUUGCUGUCUUGUAGGAUUAUCAGGUCCAGACCUACAGACCCUGCCUGCAGCUUUAAAGAACUUUGGGACAGAGAGGAACAAUGCAACUGCAGCAUCUCCCGCGGAUAGCAGUUCCUUUUACCUACAAGGUUCUUGGGCUGUAGUUGCACCAUGUUGCAUAUGGGAGGGAAAGUCAAUUGAUCUUUGAUACUGUGGCCAGACUGUUUGAGAACAAAGGCAGGAGAGGAGAUGCCAUACGUUCUCUUGCCACCUGGGAGCAAAGGCACGAUCUCUUGAAUCUGAACUUGGUAAUGUCACUGCAUAGUUUCUUCCCCUGUGCCUUUCCUGCAUUAUGUAUUUAGUGGCCUUCGUUAAAAUGCUGCUGCUGAUAAUGAUGAUGGGGGUGUAAACUGUGAUGAUGGUUUACCCAGGGUGUAAACUGGCCUGUCUUUUUGAACAUUCCAGCAGUUGCAUCCUGUCCGUAGAAACCUAAUAGCCUGGCAACUAGAAAUGAAUGCAGUAUUCUCACCUUGAGUGUUUUUUGCUUUUAGUUCUGCUUGAGUCUCAGGGCCCAACUGAAGUCAGGAGGUCCAUGGUUGCAUAUCCAGUAUCCCCCCUCCCCACACAAAAGCUGCUGGGGUCUGAUGGGGCUGCAGUACUGGGCCAGGGCUUUCCGCUAGGGCUUUUUAUUUUUGGUAUCUCAGUUGCUUCCCCAGAGAUGCUAUUUGCAGUGUGGGGAUGGGUAGACACAGAUAACUGCAUCUCUUUUUCUCUGACCCUCCCCAAUACAGCAAACAGCUUCAAUGGGGCAAUUCAGAUACCUGCACACCCACAACCAAUCAGCAUGCUCUGCAGAAGAGGGCCUCCAGCAGGUACCAUCUCACCAGGAGGUCCAUCAGGCAUUUGGGCACAGCAGUACCUUUUGCCUUUCCCAACAUGUCUUUGAAGUGGAGAGCUUUAUCCCAGCCUCUAUCAGUACUAGAGUCGAAACCGUGUUUAUAUUUAAAAGUGCUCUAAUUGCUUUUUUAAUUGCUAUGAUACUGUUUACAUAUGAAAUGGUGUAAUUGCUUUUAUUGCUGAUGUUUUUAGUGUUCAAUCGCAUAAAGGUAUUUUAUGGGAAAUAAAAAUAAAAGCAGGAGAACGCCAUGGGCGGGAAGGAUUCAACCUCCCCCACCCAUAAACUGCAUACUGCUGUCCUAAUCUGAUUCCACCCCCACCCCCCUUGCUUUUACUUUUAGGAGAGAAAUGCAAGCGGUCCAGUUAUGAAUCUCUCAGUGUCACAACAAGAUUGACCACUAGAGGGACAUUACAGUGACAUUUUGGUUGGUCAUAAUAAAGUGACUUGGGAAUUUUUCAAAACUGAAGUGGCAGUUUCACCACUACCCAUGAACACUGAUGCAACCAACCCACCUCUUCCUCUGCUUAGGUUUAUUUGGCAGAUUUGUUUCUGAGAAAAGUUUAUUUAUUUGGCAUGCAGGGAACUGGCAAAUAGCACCCCAGGAAAUGACAUCCUCCUCCCUGCUGUGAAAUAAGGGAUAACAAAAAAGAUCCCCUGUGUUGCAAACACAGCAACAGGACAGCCCUUGCAGGAUAACUGACUGUUUCAAUGUUCUUCCUCAGCAAGUAAAACAUCCAAAAGGGUACACAGAUUGAAGGCAGAAAUUCUCACUGUACAAAAUGAAAUCUCAAUAUUAGAGAUCAGUUACCUGAACCAUGAGGGAUGUGGGUGGUGGUGCUGUGGGUUAAACCGCAGAGCCUAGGACUUGCCGAUCAGAAGGUCGGAGGUUUGAAUCCUCGCGACGGGGUGAGCUCCCUUUACUCGGUCCCUGUUCCUGCCAACCUAGCAGUUUGAAAGCACGUCAAAGUGCAAGUAGAUAAAUAGGUACCGCUCUGGCGGGAAGGUAAACGGCGUUUCCGUGCACUGCUCUGGUUCACCAGAAGCGGCUUAGUCAUGGUGGCCACAUGACCCGGAAGCUGUACGCCAGCUCCCUCGGCCAAUAAAGCGAGAUGAGCGCCGCAACCCCAGAGUCGGCCAUGACUGGACCUAAUGGUCAGGGGUCCCUUUACCUUUACCUUACCUGAACCAUAUGUAUCCUGUGUACCCUUUUGAACAUUUUACUUGCUGAGGAAGAACAUUGAAACAGUCAGUUAUCCUGGAAGGACUGUCCUGUCGCUGUGUUUGGAGCACCAACAUCCUUCAGCUCACUCCCUGCAAAACACUGCAUAAGACACUUACCUUGGAAGGCAUGUUGCCUCAAGCUUGAGUGAUUCUUCUUGGUGUUAUACUAGCCUAAAAAUCCCUCACUUUGGGACACUUUCUUAACUUAUAUUAGUUGGUGUCACCGUGUAUAUAUUGUACGUUAUCUGAUUGUAAAUUAAGACAUAAUUCUGUAGUGAUAUAAAAGCAUUGUACGUAUAUUAGCCCACUGUGUUGCUUUUGGAUUGUCAGAGUGAAAUAACGGGUGGCACUUCAGCCCUGCCCUGAUCUGGUCCACUGACACCACUGGUUAUACUGCUUGAAUGCAAAGGACAGUAGGGACCACCAUCACUGAUUUAUAAAAGGAGCCUUAGACUUGUCUGCACCUGGCCGUCUUUGUAGGAGGCCUGGAGAAAGAGAGAUGAGGGGAAAUGAAUUGCUUGCUGCCAGUGAGGAACCAGCUGCUUCCCCCAGCAAUAUUUUUGGGUUAAGAAUAAAAUGGGGCAGAGGUAAUAAAGCUGCAGUAGAACUGAUCGCCUGUCCAGUUCAGCCACUGCUGCCCCGCUAAUAGAGAAGGGUUAGAGGGAGGAGCAGAUGCUGAGCCUGUGGAGAUGAGAGCCGAUUAUCUCAGUGUGUGCAAUUCCCUGUUUUGGCAGUUGCCGUUUAUGGCACCUGGCUGCUGAACAUCUGGCUUUUUCGUCUGGUUGUUUUUGGAUGAGCAGUAGCAUGCGUUUCCAAAGUCACCUUUGCGUGCCUCUUCCUUCACCCAUUUUCUAGUCUCUGCUAAUUCAAGCUGCAUCCAAACCCUUUCAGGCCAGAUUUAGUUAAUCAGAUCAACACAACGGUAUGUAUGGCCUUGCCCUUUUGCUUUGCCCCUGUGGUGGGGAAGCUGCCACAGAGUCAGAAUUCUGUGCAGGUGCACAAAGACAGAGAUAAUGCUUGGUGGUAAGCCAUGGUUCAAAAAGCUUUGUGAACCUAUGCUCUCUUCUCUCUCCAAAGCAAUUUCAAACUAUUUAUUCUUGGUGAUAGCUAGAGCUUUGUAUUUCAUAGGCACUAACACAAAUGCUGGUUAGCACAAAUAAGUUACUUAGUAACCAUGCUUUGUAAACCCACAAAACACAUUAAUAUAUCUGAGAUCUUCUCCCUUCCAAACCUGUUCAUACAUUGAGAUCAGCAAACAAAGCCCUUCUGGGUGUACCCCACCCCCUGGUUUCCAGACCACCGGGAGAAGGGUCUUUUUGGUGGUAGCGCCGAGCAUAUGGAAAAGCCUCGUUAUGGAUAUAUAGCACCCACUGUCCAUAGUAUGUUUUAAGUGCAUGUUAAAAACUCAUUUGUUUACCCUGGCAUUUCCUGUUGAUUGAUAUUUACUGAACAUGCUGCUGCCUACUGAAGAUUUGGUUUUAUUACUAGAAUUAUUGUGAUAUGGUUGAACAAUAAGUUAGUCUUAAUAAGGUUGUACAUGACUUUUUAUGUAUAAAAAUUGUUUUGAAAUAAUUUAAAAAAACACAGGAAACGAACAUGCCAGGAAGAAGCCUAAAACCCAUUUCGCUAAUAUCUAGUUUUCUAUCUGGAAGAAAUAGUUUUCUGUGGAGGAGCAAUUGGUCUUCUGAAACCCACAACUGCAGUCUGAAUGAAAUAGUGCUAGGCACAGGUUUAUUACCUCAGAGAAGAACUAGGCCUAUACCAUUUUUACUUUCCCAUUUAAGAGGAUAGCAUAAGGAUUUUAAAGUAGAAUGAGAAAGGCAGAUAAUGACUUGACCAAAUGGCCUGUUAACAGUUUUAAGAGUGUAGGAAAGAAUAUGUACUGUAUUUUUCGCCCUAUAGGAUGCACUUUUUCCCCUCCAAAAAUGAAGGGGAAAUGUGUGUGCGUCCUAUGGGGCGAAUGCAGGCUUCAGGAAGCUCUGCGCAACCCUCGGGAGACCGGCUCCAUGGCCGCGCAGAGCUGCCUGCAGUCCCGGGCUCAGCGCAGCUCUGCGCAGCCAUCGGGAGCCGGGCGCGAAGCCCCGCCCGGCUCCCAAUGGCCGCACAGAGCUGCCUGCAGUCCCAGGCUCAGCGCAGCUCUGCGCGGCCAUCAGGAGUGGGGCGCGAAGUCCCAUCCGGCUCCCGAUGGUCACGCAGAGCUGCCUGCAGUCCCAGGCUCAGCGCAGCUCUGCACAGCCAUCAGGAGUGGGGCGCGAAGUCCCGCCCGGCUCCCGAUGGCUGCGCAGAGGUGCCUGCAGUCUCGGGCUCAGCGCACUUCUCCCCAUCGCCAGCCCCACAAGCUCGGGGGACAGCGGGGAGGCGGAGCGCGCCUUCCCGCUGUUCCCCGACCUGGUUCUUCCAGCCCCGCACCUGGGGGGGAAAUAAAUUUUUUUCUUUAUUUCCCCCCCCCCAAAAAAAACUAGGUGCGUCCUAUGGGCCGGUGCAUCCUAUGGGGCGCAAAAUACGGUAAUUUAAGAAGGAAGGGAGUGUGAAGGUGAGAUUAAAACUACAAUAGCUGUAUCAAGAGAACCAAUUAUAGAACUUAAUGUAACCCUAUUGUAUUGUUUAUUUUAUCAGAUGCGGGUCAAAUUAGAUCCUAUUUCUCUUUUACAAAUCCCAAGAAAAGAUUCCAGUCUUUGCCAAGUACUUUUCUAAAAAUGUGGAUUAUAAAUGAAUUUGGCAGCUGUGGGUAUUUCAUGAUAGGCAAGCUGGAAUGUGGGUAAGUCUGUUAUUUGCUGAAAAGAAACAAUGCAGUGAUUAAAAAGAGAGAAUGAAGAUUUAUACUUCAAGCACAUUAAUUUUUUCACACCCCUGCCCAUUUUCUUCCUUAAUUUUCUUGGACUGGUUUCCAGAAAAGCAAGGAGUGAGACCAGAUUUCCUCCUUUAGGCAGUUUUCUCUUCAGCUGCUUGUUUCUUGGCUGCACACUAUAAGUCAGUGGUGGGGGACCUGUGACUCACUCUCCAGAUGCUCAUGGUCCCUCCAACCCCAACUGCAUGGACCAUGGCCAGGUGCGAUGGGAGUUCAACAGAAUCUGGAAGGCCACAGGUUCUCCACUCAUGCUACAGAUGAACAAACUGCAUUGGGCUUUGCUACUGAGGCUCCAUAAUUAUACAUGCCCCAAACUUUUGGGCUCAGCCUGCAGGCUUCACUUCUAGACCCACACUACACUUUGCCUUUAAGUGCUGCCCAGGUUCCAGCAGUUUUUAUUGCAAGGAUUUCCAAGCCUAGGGCUGCAAUGGUAAGGAUAUUAAGAUCUCUGGGACUGAGCUGUCAAGAUUUCGCUUCUCCUUUUGGGUGCAGAAAGUUUGCUAUAAGCAGCAUUUUAUUGCUUUGAUGGUUUACAACUGAUAAUGAGCACCAGAAAGUGAUGAGUUUGGACAUGGGAAGCACUAAGCCGAAACCUCAGUUCAGCAAAGGAAAGUUCAUGAGGUGGUUCAGGGCAUAUGACACAUGCAAAGUCUAACCUACUUCAUGCUGGGUUACCUUGGGACAUAUUUUUUGGUCAUUUCUUUUAGCACAAACUGCACACCGCCUUAUAUUUACCAGUGCAUUAACUAAAAGCUCAAAAUACUUUUGAAAUUGCUUUCAAAGCUGGCUUUGGAAAUUCUGAACUUCUAAUAAGAGUGAGCAUCAAAGCAGCCUCUUCCACUUACGGUAGGUUCUCCUAGCAAGAACAUAUUCUGGAAGUGUGAGGAAUCUAUAGAAUGAGUACUUUUUCUUUCCUUUUUUGCAAACUGAUGUAGAAAUGUGGAGAACCAGACUUGGGGUGAAGUGCAAGUAAUACAUACAUUAAUAAUAAUAAUUUAUAACAAUAAUUAAAAAUUAGAAACUAAGAAACAUAUUUGCCCAUUCUCUCCUUGAUGCACUGCCUCCCUCUUUCAUCCUGACAGAAAGCAAGGGAGCAGCACAACGCCAAGCCUAACAUGUGCAUAGCAACUGCCUUACCCAACCUGGCACUUUCCAGAUGUUUGGGACUGCAAUUCCCAUCAGCCCCAGGCCAAGAAAAUGCAGUCCAAACCAGGUUGAGGAAGGCUGCCAUAGAAAAUUGGUUUACUGGUGAAGUAAAGGGGAAGUUCUCCAUUCCCUAAAGCUCUUCUACACAGACCGAAACUUUUACCUAACAAUAUGAUUUUAAAAACAAAUUAUUACAUUACAGAACAAGUAAAAACUAUAUGAACCAAACCACACUUUUGUCUUGGCUCCAUUAAUUCUUUUAAUUUGACAGAGACCUGUGUGUUCUAGACAAGCAGUUGUGCUAUGUGCAUGUAGCAAACCUGGGGGUCUCUUACAUUACCUGCAAAUGUGUGGGAAGCUGAGGAGGCUAUGCAGAACAUUAACCUUCUCCUAGCCUGACCCUGAAGUCAGUUUGAAAGUUAAGGGAUAAGGAAGCUGUAGCCCAAAAGGUGCGAAUAAUCCACCUGUGCUAACGUCAUUGCAGAGGGAGAUAUAUAGUAACGACAGAGCAAGGAUUAGCUGACAUUAGUGCAGGGUUUUGUGACUUAUUUUCUUUCUAGGACAAUCCCAGAUUUUGCAGACGUGUUUGAGAUCUAUUAAUACGCAUUAAGGUGAAAAAGAAAGGUUCUGCGAUGCUGUUAUCUUAUGAAGAGGUGAUUCUUUGGGGCUCACCGUUGGUUGCUUGGUUACAAAGGAAGUAUUGUGCCACUGCAGCUGAUCUUGGGUUGGGGGCAGGGAGCUAAAGAGCCAUUGCAUUAGACUCUCUCUGCACCUGAGUGUCUCAAUGGCCUCCUGUAUCCCUGUCUGGACAAAUCUCCCCCAUUCCGAUGCAAAGCAAGUGAGAUAUGCAGUGGUUUAUAUACCCCAAGGCAAGGUUGCAUUUUGCUGGAAUGGCACCUGUCUGGAGCUAAGAAGGUUGCUACCUGGAGAUUUGCUUUACAUAUUUAAAGCUACUAGUCAAGUGGGAAGCAGUACUACAGCCAUGGCUAUUCUUUGGAAGAGUCCCUUCCCCUUUGUUUCCCUCUCAUUCCUUUCACCCACCCCUUCCCUUGCAUUAAGUAGGACUUGCGGGUAUGAUGGACAGUGCGCAUGGGAUGCCGAAUGAAAGGAUUGAGCAAGGAACGUGCAGGAGAAGCUACUUUCACCUCUCACUUUAUUGGUAGUGUUAAAGCUGCAGCUCAGAUCUCCUGGUUGCACUCUAGCAACCUCUAGUCAACCAUUGAGGAGGACUUUCUUGGAGAAAAGUAGCAGAGGCAAGCUUAGAAUCUCUUGAGGAUAUGGGGAGGCAUAUUAGUCAUGGCUGGUGCUGUGAGAAUUCCCUCUCAGCUGAUGCUCUCUCUCUGUCUUCAGUUUCAGGGAGGUGUGUGGUCCUUGAGCACAGUCCUGUGCGAUGCCUUGAUGACCAUGGAUGUGAUGCUGUGCACAGCUUCCAUUUUCAACCUCUGUGCAAUCAGCGUUGAUCGGUAAGCUCCUUUGCUGCCUUGGAUUUCAGCUUUUGGGAUUUUUCCAGCUUCGUUAUAUUCCUGUCCACCACUAUCCACACAUUCAUGUGUUCACAUCCCAACACUCGAAUAGCUUCCAGCUGGAUUUGAGUUUCAUUCAUAAACAACAACACAUGAACUGCAAUAGGGGCCUCAGAAGGCAUUUGGAAUAAUUUGCCAUCCUAUAAUAAUACAGUUUGGAUACAUACCAUCACUUUCAGAUUAAAAACCUUCUUGUCCCCAGGGUACAACUGAUGAGGUAGCUUCAAGAGUGGAGGUCUGAUAUAUUUUGGAGCGUUUUCAAAUCCUUAGAUUGAUCAAGACAAUCCAGAGUUCUGGCACUGUAUAUUCUGAACUUGAUAUAUCCUGGUCUGUCUACCCCAGUAAUCUUCAGCCUUUUCAGAUCCAGGACUCACAUUUAACCCAAACAUGUAUUUGGGGACCCAUUUCUUUUUCUUUUUACCCAUGUAUUUGUAUGAUGGUGUUGCUACUGCUGCAGCCCAUCUUAGAUUAUGCCAUGUCCCAGCAAUGGGUCCCAGUCCACUAGUUAAACCAGUGAUCUAUCCAGUAGGGAAUAGGGUCCCCUCUCUGAGCUGGUUGAGAUCUUGGUGCUGAAGCUUGAUCCCGUAUGGUUGGUGCUGGUGCCAGUUGUGCUGGCUGUUGAGCUGGCUGGUCUGAUACAAUUGCACCACUUUAUGUCUCUUCCACAGAUUUCACAAAUGGAAAGAAGGAAUUUGAGUCCUGUGAAAGCAAAAGCCUUUGUUCAGUAGAACUGUUCCCUAGACUGCUGGCUGUCAACCAAGCUUGUGCUAAGCCUGCAUCUGUCCGUAUUACCUCUGGACCACAGAACUCCUGUCUAAAGACUGAAAAGCUAUAAUUUUGUUGAACUAGUAUACAACUAUUCCAUUAGCAAAUAUGCCCUGUUCAGAAGUCAUUUUAGGUCAUUGAUGGAUACAGAUUUCCCAGUGUUAAUUUACUGUUUUGUUUGGCGAUCCACUUGAACAUAGUUUUAGCAAUUUAUUUAUAAUAUAUAUUCCUUGAUAUAUAUUAUAAAUUGGUCCAGCACAUGCUGGUUUGUUUGUUUUUUAAUCAGUUUCAACAGUCCAAUAUGCAGCUUUGAUCCAUUCAAGGCACCUGGUUCCUGAUCACAUAGGGAAACCUUAAAAACAAUCAGCCAAACACAUAUAGAAUCCCCCAUCAGAUCUCCCACUCAAUAAGUGACAGACUGGUGUGGUGCUGGCAAGGAUGUUGUGGCAUAGGCCUAGUGCCCAUGGAUCUUCUUUCCUUUCCAUCUGUUCUUUCAGUGUGUGGAGGGAUAACAUCUGAAAGGGGCUUCUCUGGGUGAUCAUAAGCUUGGACUGUGCUGACGGGGGUUGGUGUUCAACAACAUCGGGAAGGCAACAGGUUGGGGCAACCUUCAACAGGCAAUGGGGACUAGUGGGUACAGACAAAGACUUCAAAGAAAAGGUGGGUUUUGAAGGAAUUAAGAUGUUCUAGGAAACACUUCCCAGCAUAAGGGCAGCAAGGGAGAAAACAAAUUUCAGGGAAUAGAUUGAUGGGAGCAGGAGAAACAAAGUCAGGGAUAUGUUUGAUAUAAGAACAGAUUAAUGAGGCAAAAGCUGUUUACCUCUGACAGUGUGUGCAUUCAUACAUCCUGGUUGGAUUCCUAGAGCUUGGGUAGCCAACUUGGUGCCCCCAUACGCUGUUGGACUCCCCUAAUCUCCCACCAACAUUCCCAACAGUCAGAAGUGAUGGGAGUUGGAGUCAACAGCAACAACUAUGUUGUCCACCUGAUGGUGGAGAUUGAGAUGCUCUAGGCCAUCCACUCCCACAAGACUACUCCGAGCUUCACCUUCUUCUUUGUCAUUCCAGGUUUAUUGCUGUCUCCAUCCCACUGAACUAUAACCGGCGGCAAAUUGACCUAAGGCAGCUGGUCCUCAUCUCCACCACAUGGAUCUUUGCUUUUGCUGUGGCCUCCCCGGUCAUCUUUGGCCUCAACAAUGUUCCAGACCGGGACCCUACAUUGUGUCAGCUGGAGGAUAACAACUACAUUGUGUACUCUUCUAUUUGCUCCUUCUUCAUUCCUUGCCCUGUCAUGCUGGUCCUGUACUGUGCCAUGUUCCAGGGACUUAGGCGUUGGGAGGAAGCCCGGAAGGCCAAGCUGAAGAGCAGCAUCUACUUGGGCAACAGGCCACUGUAUUGUCCGCCACCCGUCAUUGAGAGGAACCAGGCUGAGGUCAAGUUGGAGGAGCGCAACCGAUAUACCUGCUCCGAGUGCUCUUUUCCCAGGGACUACGUGACCAAUGGGAUUCAGACUGUGUCCUAUCCACACCUCAGAUACCCACCACAUAAAGGACUCAAAAGGAAGCAGGCAAAGAUCAAUGGCAGAGAGAGGAAAGCUAUGAAGGUGCUGCCGGUUGUGGUUGGUGAGUAUUCAAUGCUCAGUGGUUAUUUAAUAGGACUGAGAAUCAACAGGGAUCAGAAACAAUUUAGAAGGCUCGUAUUAACAGAAAUGGGAAGCAGGCAGUAACCAGUUGUGGGAUUUGGGAUUCUAAUAUGCAGACCAUAGGGCACAGCUACCCUAAUUUUCUUUACUCUUGUUGUCUCUCUUCACCUCACAGUGCUGAUAGCUGGUUAAACAAAAGCACCAAAUUGAUGGGAUUGAGUGUUGCUUAUCUAAGUAGCUGUGUCAGACUGGGUCCCUUGUAUGUCACCCUACAUGACCACAUGCAGCAGAGUCAGGUUUAUUAGGGCAAAUGGGGCAUUGCCCCACCUAUCUCAGUCUGACUUCAGCUAGCCCCUACCUUUCUAGAGUUCCCAGGGAUGUGGAAUUGAUUGUUAAGCCAUCCUGGAAAUUGUGAGCGGAAUAGCAAGGACUUCUAACAACUCUCAGCACCCUUAAGAAACUGGGAUUCCCAGGAUUCUUAGGAGGAAACUAUGACUAUUUAAAGUGGUGUUAUACUGAUUUAAAUGGGUUGACCGUGAAUUGUGCAACAGGAGAUCAAACCAAGGCUUGUUUCUUCAGAGUUUUGUUUUGUUUCCCAGCAGCUCCUGCUAUAUUCCUUUGUAGCUUGGGGUGCGUUUGGGGGCGGGGUAGCCAAAAAACCCCCCCAAAAUGCUGUUAAGGUAAGGUGCUGGGUUCACAUGUAGCACCAAGCCAUAAUUAAAACACAGUUCAUAAACCAACAAUAACACACACAGCAAGGUUUGUACAUAUUACUAAGUCAUGGUUUGAUAAAAUAUAGUUUAAUAAGCCAUGGUUUAGCAUAAUGUGCAAAUUAGACAAAAAGGGGGACGCUUUUGUGGGCACCUUUCAGAGAACAUUUCAGUUUCUCUAAAACACCUUUUCCCACAUAAUAGUGUUUACCCACAAAAAUCCACUUGAAUCUUAAUCUACCACUUCCUCCUGUUUGAAGAUUUUGAAAAAUAUAUAGGACACACCUUUUGCUGCUGGAUGUCUUGUUACAGGGAUGAGGAACCUUUGGCCUUCCAGAUGUUGUUGGGUUACAACUCCCAUUAUCUCUGACCAUUGACCAUGCUGUUGGGAGUUGGAGUCCAACAGCAUCUGGAGGGCCAAUGGUUCCCCAGCAUUGUCCUGUUAGAACUGGCCUACGUGGCAGAGCAGUGCACAGCAUAACUUUGUUGCUACAAUUUGAAUUUUUAAGUAACAGAAAUCUUUCCGCAAGUAACAUAUGCCAGUUGUGCUUAAUUUCUUGCAUGAUUCACUCAUCCCCUCUGGGCUCCAUCCAGACUCCGCCUUCAAGUCUAAGUCUCUGACAAAAGAGAAGAAUCAGGGCUCCCACCCAUGAAUGGCAUUCUGCUUCUGAACAUAUGUGCUAGCCUGGCUCUUCCAUGGAUGGCUGAUAGGAUCCCUAGCUUCCUUCAAGACAUGCAGAGAUUCCCAGCUGUGUUGAGGAGCAAGGGAACAGCUCUACCUGCUAUCUGACAAAGGAGAUAAGUGUAUGGAUGAGCUGAGGAUCUCUUUUAUUUUUAUCAUAAAGGGAUAGUAUAAUUAAUAGUAGGUUGGUUUGCACCCGUGGUCAAUGAUUGUGCGCUUUAAUAUCUGACAUUAGAAAUAUCCCAAGUGGGUACAGAAUAGGUACUGGGUCAAAAGUACACCCUUGUAUUGAACACACAGCAUACUCACCCUGAGAAUUGGUGUGUGUGCUUUUAAAAAAACAACAACUUGCAAAUCUGUCAAAAAGUGCCUGUCAUAACAGUUCCUUUGACAUGGCUGAUUGCCUGAAUUUCAGAACUGCUGAGAAACCCUACUUAGCAGAAUGUCAGACCACCUACAGAGAAGCAACCUCAUCUGGUGAGGGUAUAUAUGGGGCACCCACAUGGUGCUCCCUCUUCUACAAGGGCUGCCACAUUCACUGUGGUGAAGGGAAUAGUUCUGUACAUGGAAAGGGCUGUGCAGUGCAGAGGAAGCUGUGUACAUUGUUUGCUUUGCUGCAUACAUGAGACCUUUGACUGAGGCAGUAGAGCAUCUACAUCCUGUUAUCAGAGGGUGCACUAGCUUUUGCAAAUUGGAAUCAGUGCACUUAACUUCCAUAAAGCAUUAUUAGUGGGGGGAAAUUGAGGAGGGCAUACAAAGUUUAGAUUUUUUUUCUGUAAUGCACGAAAUGUAAAGAGCACUGUCAGACACUAGCAGGAAAUGUUACUUCUCCUAUAUAUUCCACCCUGAGUACUCUAAAUGGGCCCUCCUUUGUGGCAGGCAUUGGUGCCCCUGUGACUAGGAACUGCUUAAUGCUAACAGUGCUGUCCGCAUUAUUUCUGUAGCAUCAAAGGUGGCCAUGACUGGGCCAUUUGAAUUGGAGCUGGAACUGCUCUUUUGAUGUUGGAAUCUUCCUUGCACCACGUCAGACCACAGGUCCAUCUGACUGGCAGGGGCUCUUCCAGAUUUCAGGCACAAGUUUUUCCAAGCCGUACCUAGAGAUCCAAGGAACUGAAUUCAAUGCAUGUGCUCUAUCACUGAGCUCUGGCGCUUCUCCUAAACAGCCUCUGCAUCUCAGUGAAAGGGUCAGAGAGCCAUGGCUGACUUCUGCUGGAAUCAAAGGCUGUGGUUCUGGAAGAAGCAAGGCCCCUUUGGGGUGUUAAUGCUGUGACCUCGCUCCAUCGCAGUCUCAGGUUGUAUAUACAGUGGUGCCCCGCAAGACGAAUGCCUCGCAAGACGAAAAACUCGCUAGACGAAAGGGUUUUGCGUUUUUUGAGUCGUUCCGCAAGACGAAUUUCCCUAUGGGCUUGCUUCGCAAGACGAAACGUUAAGCCGCUAAGCCGCUAAUAGCCACUAAGCUGCUAAUAGCCGUGCUUCGCAAGACGAAAAAACCGCAAGACGAAGAGACUCGCGGAACGGAUUAAUUUCGUCUUGCGAGGCACCACUGUAUGUGUAAAUAAACCAUCUGUUCUAAAGAUAUCACAGUCUCUGCUGUGCCUCAUUCCAAAUAAAACACGAACCCUGGGUAAGCACCUGGAACCCCUGGAAUCUUGCACUGCUCAGAGAUUGGGGUGGCAAGCAACAAUGCUAUAUUAGGAAAGUUUUAAUGGAAAUUUCAUUUUAAUGGAGGUGUUUAAUGAGAAAACCGAUAGCAUAUUUCAGCUAUCUCAGGAGAAAAUUCAGCAGAAUGGUGGGCCAAGAGGUUGGAGCGGGGGAGUGGUGAUAGAACCCAUUAUUGUCAAAAACCCUUUUGAAAUUAUGUGAGAAGCUGUGCCAGAAGCCUGCCUUCAGUACCAGAACUGGUUAUGUGUUUUUUCUGUGACCAGCUUUAUUCAGGUCAAACUAAAUGGUCACAUAAUGGACCCUUGCAGCUGUGAAAUCUUUUUCUUUCUCUUCAGUGCUUAAGGGCUUCCUCUCCUCCGCCAGCAAUUGCCUCUUUGGAGGCUUUUCUGCUAAUUGUAGACUAAACUCGCAGGCUUUCUGAGGCAUUUGUAAAAAUUAUAACCAGCUUCCCUCCUGUUGAGUAGUAAAGGGUACCUGUCUGCUGAAGAGCUCUCAGGCUAAACACAGGGGUUGGGUGAAGCCUUUACGACCUGUCACGAUGCCUCUCCCAUGAAGCCCUGCAGUGUACAGCAUCAGCAAGUCUCCCAAGAGCGAUUUGGGCAGGUUGCAGCUUCUUCUGUGGCAAAAGAAACUACAUCUCCCUCCUGUGAAAGCAUAGGAGCUCUGCUCCAUGUUGAAAAUGGUAAUCUGGUCACCGUUCUCCUGUGCACCUUCAUUGUCCACAUAUGGAUGAAAAUAAGACUCACCCCCCCACCCCCCACCCCGUGUGUAAGAUAGAGAACUGGUUCAGAUGGUUGUUCAGUGUUUUAUAAAGAAUGGUUUAUGAUGCUGGGGACAACUAUUGGGUCCAAGCACCUCUCUCCCCUCCCCCCAUCGUGUACUGGCUUCAGCAUAAAGAUCUUGGCUUGUAUUAAAUCAAGAUUUAUUGUUAUGCAGGUGUGUGUGUGUGUGUGUGUGUGUGUGUGUGUGUGUAUAAUGUCCAAAGCCCUAUUUGGUUGUAAUGCUGGUGUUUACCAGCACUGUAUCCUCAUGGCCACAGAUCCUCUGUUUGCUUAUAAGAUUCCUAUGCUGGUGUCCAGGGAAUUGCCUCCCAAAAUGUACAAGUCAAUGUACUCUGACUGGGCUAAAUAUUAAGAAGGGCAGUAUACAAAUGCCUUAACCCAUGUAUGGGAUACUUGUGGCCCUCAAGUUGUUGUUGGUCUAUAAGUCCCACCAUCCCUCACCAUUUGCCAUGCUGGCUGGGGUUAAUGUGAGACAUGGAAUCCCAGCAACAUCAGGAGGGCUCAGGUUUCCCAUUCCUGCCUCAGUUAAGUAAUUAACUAUGGUUUGCACAGGCACAAUGACUCGGUUUGAAUAUGACACUGAGCACGUGGGAAAGACACAUGUACUGAAAGAUUUGUUGUUUUACACACCCAGGGCAAUAAUUGAACCAGACACCAGAGGAUUCUCUAAUAAUCUCACACAUGGGGUGAGAAGAGUUCCCUUAGGCAGGGAGUUAGAAAUGGCUCUGCAUGUGUGGGGGCCUCUUCGGCGCUUAUUUAGGUAUGGAUCUGAGUGCUGAUGAUAGUGGUACCAAUUUAAACAAAAUAAAUUGUAUUCUUUCAAUAUUGUAAAAACAAAACAACAAAAAAAACCCUCAGUAUCUCCCUCCAAUCAGCUUCCCAGUUGGGAAGGGUCAACAUUAUUUCCUUUGUUUGCUUAGCAACAAUGAUUAAGUAUCCUUAGCAAUGGUGCUGCCUACUGCGUGCUGAAGCAUUAGAGCUGUCUUCAUUUUUGCCUGAUUGACUUGCUUUAAAAAAAUAAAUAAAGCUAAGAGUCUGAGGCCUCUGCUGGUCUGCUCCCCUCUCCACCAAAUCCAGCCCUCUCUAUCCAUCUGUUGGCAGCCUUGUACUCACCCACAGACACCUCCUUCUUGACAGGGUUAAGGCUCAGCUUUUCACUCUCAUCCAGCCCAGUGUUGAGUCCAGACACUGAGCCAGGGCUUCACUGCCUCUCCUGAUUCAGGAGUUAUAAAGAAAUAGCACUGGGGGUCAUGAGCUUACUAAAGACACUUCGCCUCGCAUUGUAGAAUCCAUUCCACUUUUCCAAGUUGCUAAUUGGCAUUAUUCUUGAAUGAAACUCUUCUGCAUCAGAGAAACGGAGGCCCAGAGAUUUGAAGAUUUAAGUUACCUGACCUCUGGCUUCAUGGGGAGCCUGCAGCAAUCAGAACUUAAGUUUGUUUGUCCUUGUCUCUCUGUCUUCCACAGGCGUGUUCCUUUUCUGUUGGACUCCUUUCUUUGUGGUCCACAUAACCAGAGCCUUGUGUCACUCCUGCACCAUCCCCAGUGAGGUAACCAGCAUUGUGACAUGGCUGGGCUACGUCAACAGUGCCCUCAACCCCAUCAUCUACACCGUCUUCAACACUGAAUUUAGGAACUACUUCCGCAAAGUUUUGCACAUCUUCUGCUAACACUGCUGGAUUCUAAACAUAGAACUGGAUUCUGAAUAUAGAACAGAGUGUACUACACAAGGCAAAGAGCCAGAC